AUGGCUGCCUCUCCUUGGAGACCACCCCCAAUCACUCUGAUCUGUAUAUGUCCUGGUUUCUACGAGGAUGAGAACGAGAAACUCUGGAUGGUUGUAAGCCUGGGCUUUAGAGACUUUCAUCCAACUGAAAACAGGCAAUAUUCCAAGAUAUUUUACUGGGGGAAAGACUCAACGUUCUGGCAAUUAGUGGACCAUAUCCAGAUUGGCAACACAGAGCAACUGAUCCUAAGGAUGGUGGACAAUUUCAGUAAGUGA